AUGUUGGAUGAGGGCUUGUGCCGCAGAGUCUGGGCCAUGAAAGGUAUUCUACUGCUGGUUUCCAGUGUGGGUAUCCUGUUUCCAGGUGUGGGCAGCUGCCCCAAGAAAUGUUUGUGUCACCCAUCAUCAAACUCUGUGGACUGCAGUGGCCAGGGCCUAUCAAAGAUCCCCCCUGACUUACCCCCAUGGACAGUAACGCUGCUCUUACAAGACAACCAGAUCCACUGGAUUCCUGCACUUGCAUUUCGGUCUGUAUCACUGCUCACCACCUUAAAUCUAUCUAACAACUCUCUUUCAAAUCUGGCUGCAGAGGCUUUCUAUGGACUUCCGAACUUGCGGGUUUUAAAUGUAACCCAGAAUUCCCUGCUUUUCAUAGAAAGCAGCUUUGCCCAUGCCCUGCCUGGGCUCAGGGAGCUGGAUCUAUCAUCCAACAGCCUCAGUGUCCUUCCCACAUCACUGGGCAAGCCUUGGGAGAACCUGACUGUUUUUGCUGUGCAGCAGAACCAUCUUCUACAUCUGGAUCGUGAACUUCUAGAGGCCAUGCCCAGGGUGAGGCUGGUACUUCUUAAGGACAACCCUUGGAAAUGUGACUGUCACUUACUUGGUCUGAAACUCUGGCUGGAGAGAUUCACCUUUGAAGGGGGAGAAACAGACAGUGCCAUCUGCAGGCUGCCUGAAACCUGGAAGGGAAAGGAUCUCCUCUCCAUUCCUCAUGAACUAUACCAACCCUGCCCCCUCCCUUCUCAGGAUUUGGCACCCUCACUAGCCCAGCAGCCUGGUUCUGCCCCGCAAGAUGCCCAGAAGUCUCCUGAGAAUAGCUUAGGACAGCCAGAUUCCUUGGAGUGUGAGACCAAACCCAAACCAAAGCCAACCAACCUGCGCCACGCUGUGGCCACUGUGGUCAUCACCGGGGUGGUAUGUGGGAUCGUAUGUCUCAUGAUGUUGGCGGCUGCUAUCUACGGAUGUACCUACGCAGCUAUCACAGCCCAGUACCAAGGGAGACCCUUGGCACCAACCAGGAAGUCUGAGAAGAUGGGAAGUAAGGAACUGAUGGACAGUUCGCCAGCCUGA